AAUGGGCUGAUAUCAAGAUCUUGACUUCACAAUGGCCCAAUUCAAAAGCCCAAAACUCUGUCAAAAAAACACCCCGCUCUUUAAACCCUAAAAACAAACGCAAAUAGUAAGUUCCCCUGUUUCUCAUCUUCUUUGCUAAAAAAUCCCAAGGCGCCGCACCAGUUGCUGAGAGAUGGCCAAGUCGAAGAAUCAUACAGCUCACAAUCAAUCAGCCAAAGCACACAAGAAUGGUAUCAAGAAGCCCCGGAAGCAACGCAACAUCUCCACCCGUGGCAUGGACCCCAAGUUCUUGAGGAACCAGAGGUAUGCCAGGAAGCACAACAACAAGGCUGAUGAGUCUGCCUCUGCGGAAGAGUGAAGUGGUUGAAUCUUUUGAAUUAGGAUUAUGUUUCUUCGUAUAAUUGUGUUGAAUCAGUGUUACUGUAACUGUUGAACCUUAUAACAUUUAAUGUUGAAAGUUUUAUUUGAAUCCUAUUUUUUGUUGUUUGGAUGUUA